AGCUGGUCGAUCACAGCUUACUAGAUAUUCGUUUAAUAUAGUGAAAAGUUUUGAGAACAUUCCAUGUUUUGAAAUAUAAAUAAAAGUGAACAUUUAAGAAUCUUCAUUUAGUCGCCUAAAUCAACGUAAUUUAUUAAAAACGCCGGUGUUUCAAACAUAAUUCCAACUCUUAAAAACAAAGACAAAACCGAAUAAAAAAUGUCAUUAACGAUGAGUAGAAAAUCGUUUGUGUAUAAAAACACUUAUGUGAAAAAAAUUCGCGGACUGUAUUUGGAUUCGAAGACAUCCGAUGUGAACUUUGUAUUUGAUGUCGAUACCGAUCACCCGGUAAAGAUUCCAGCGCACAAGGUCAUACUAUCACUUAAAAAUCCAGUGUUUGAUGCGAUGUUCUAUGGUCCGGCAAAGGAAGGAAGCAAUAUUCCGAUUGCAGAUGCAUGUGCCGCUGCAUUCAAAGAGUUUUUACAGUUUUUUUACUUGGAUAAGGUGCGACUAUCAGCCGAGCAUAUCGUGCAAGUGAUCAAUUUAUGCAAGAAGUACGAUAUGGAAGAGUGCAUGGAAGCAUGUGAAAAAACGCUGCAAAAAUCAUUGACCAUCAAUGAUAUGUGCUCUGGCUAUAGCAUCGCUUUGGUUCUUGAGCAGAAAAAUUUGAUCGAGUUUUGCGAGAAUAAAAUCAAAACGAAAGCAUUUAAAGUAAUGGAAUCAGAGAGUUUCCUUGAGGCUGAACGUAGUUUGUUGGAGAAAAUAUUGACUGUGGUAUCAUCAGGUUGGAGCGCCUUAGAGACAGUCAUGGCGUGCAUGGAAUGGGCUAAAGCCGAAUGCAAUCGAAACAACUUUGAGACGAGCCCAGGGAAUUUAAGAAUUCAAUUGGGAGAGCUGUUCGGUCAAAUUCCAUUUGAAAAACUCACAUUGGAACAGUUUUCGCAGUACACUGCCGCAUAUAAUGGAUUUUUUGAUGCAGAAGAAAUUGAAGUGAUGAAUCAUAGAAUCCAACUUCAAAAUCAACUAUCACAAUCCAAAGUUCAUUAUUACCAUUUCGUGCGUACAAACGACGACAGAGACGAUUCAGAAGAAAUACAAGAUCUACCUCGUUUGUUAUCAGAAGCAAAGAGAUUGAAACAUGUAGCAGACGUUGAAACGGAUGAUUCGUUACAAGCCAUUUUGUAUACAGAAGCAGCUGUAUAUUUUCUGCUGACAGGUCUUGGAAUGGAGCGAGAUGCAGUCACGGCAAGGACAGCGUUUACGAUGUACAAAGAUAGUCUCAGUUUAUUGAAAUACAUUGCAACGAAAUUUCGAAUUUACGAACACCAUUUGCCUCAAAGAAGCAUUCACAGUAAAGUGAAAAUUCUGAAUUUAAGAUGCCAAUCGUUAACAUAUUUAAAAUUUUACAAAAUUAAGAGGAACGAGCUUAACCUUUCGGAAGUUAUCGAGCACCAAAACACGUUAUCAGCAUAUUUAUCGAAUAGUCAUGAGAUAUGGGAUUUGGCCGAUUCAUUAGUUAUCAGAGGGAAUCAUAAAGAGUUCUUCAUUGGGCUUGAUCAUGAACAUGGACCAAUUACACUGCACAGCUCACUCAGCGAACUGUUUAGAUAUGUUCACAACGGUUUACAAAAACUAAAACAAAUGUGAUGAUGAUCUAUCUUCGUUUGAAUCAUCACUUUUCACUUCUGUGACACAUAAGAAGAAAAAAGAACCAAAAUUCUACACAAAGAAUAAAACCAAUGGAAUAACUGAAUUUAUUAUGAUAAAAAUAAGAAGGUAGAGACUAUCGUAUAAUAAUUUUUACUGAUUUUUCUUACUUCAGGAAACACAAAAAUUAAAAAGAAAUUAUUUGUUAAAUCCCCUACAAAUAUUGGGUGAAACGAAAAACGUCAUAAAAAACCAAAAAAUCGUCCUAUAAAUUAUGAAAAUCAUCCUAAAUAUCACAAAAAUCGUCCUGACAAAAUACAAAAAUCGUCCUAAAAAACUAAAAAAAAAUCGACCAAAAAGACCCUAAUUUCGUCCGAAAAAUAGUACAAAAAAAAUCUUAAAAAAACCUAAAAAUGUCCUCAAAAACCCAAAAAACAUCCUAAAAAAGAUUGUGUUUGUUACAGUAUAUUUUACUGAGUUGUCUCAUUGCCAUUGAAAUAUAUAAUUAAACAUACAGUUACUCACAAAAUUGUUCAAUGUGUCCAAAACGCAUAUUUUCUAUAUCGCAUGGGGCAGAUAUGGUAAUAUUAUCGUGUGAUACUUGCUUACGUGCGUCUCAUAUUCAUCAUAUUUCGUCAAAAAAGGAACAUUCGGCUACAUCUAUUCGUAAUGCUCAAUUUUAUGUUACAAAAUAUCGCUGAUAACAUUUGAUGCUGUCGUUUUUACAAUCUAAGGAAUUUCCGUUCAUUUCGUCUAUUCCACAGUUCUCUGUUGAGUCACGCUUUAAUCAUUUCCUUCUUCAAUUCUACAGCAUCAAAAUAAGAAAUAUUUUCGUUAGUUUUAUCAGAAAAUGAUUUCAUUUUAGUUAUCAACAACAAACAAUUUCGAAGAAAACAACGAAAAU